AUGCGGCGCAUCCUUUUUCUGCUUUGGGCGAUGUGGGCGAUGCCCGUUGCACAAGCCAUACGACGGGCCCUCGUGGUGGUUGACAUGACCGUUGAACAGGUGGCAAACAUCUCAUUCCAGAAGGAUAAGAUGAUUCAGACAAUCAGAGAGCUUGCGCAAAGCGGCACAUUCGACGCAUUGAUUGAUUCCCACCUUUGGUUUGAGAAAGGCGGUCCGCCAUCUUCUCUGGCCGAAAUGUUCCCACACAUUGGACAUGCCGGCACUCCGGGUGCUGAGCUCAUACCCGAGCUGCGUGACUUGGGGCUGGAAUUCGUGAAAAAGUAUCAGUAUUCGUGCUUCGCUGGAGGGGCUGAUUUGGAGUCUCAUUUGCACAAGCUCGGCAUCGAAGAGGUGGUGAUCACCGGUAUCAAUACGGACUACUGUGUGAUGGCCACUGCGCUGGAUUCCUUCUACAACAUGUUUCAGACCCGUGUCGUGGAGUCUGGUGUGUCAUCCUUCAAUGGCAAAGCAGGUCAUUUGGAAGGCCUGAAAAGCAUCCGCAGAUUUCUUGGCAACAUUGUGGUUGGGCCCGAGGAGUAUUUGCAGACUGGUCCUGUGGCCUGGCUUUGA